AUGCAGGCGGACUCGGCGCCUUCCGUACUGGAGCUGGGCCGUGCUGUCGCAGUCGCGGCUUCCCGUGGCAUUGAGGUGAAACCGGGGCUUCGGGCACUGAUUCCAGUGCUUGAUCUGAUCGGACCGCCGGAGGCAACUACCUGUGCAGGUGAGGACACUCCGGAGCCCAGCUGCCACAUCGCCGUGGAGCCAUCGGGAGGUCCGGGGGGCCGUGCCAUUGCUAUUGUCACGGCGGCAAGGGACCUGCGCGCAGGUGAAUGCUUGAGCCGCGACGUGGAUGCCAGUGCAGACUCACUGCUGCUGGACUGGGGCCUUGCUUCCACUAGAAGGAGAGAUGAUGUCGCCCUUCAUGUGGGCAUCAAGAAGGGCGUGGCCCAGUCCUGGCAAGUCUCCACACUUAGAGAGCUCUUAGAUCUUCGGCCAGGCGACGAUGGUGGUUGGGUGGCUUCGGCAAAGGUGCGCAGGAGUUCUUCACUUCGCAAGGCCCUGGACCCCAAACUCUGGGUGGCGGCACGUAUCCUCGGCUGCAGCUCCAAGGCCGAAGCCUUGGGAGCCGACUGGGACGUGCGCUCGCGCGAAGAUAUGUUGCGUGCUGGGCUGGACGGUGUUUCAGCGGCCCAUCGGCGGCGUGCCUUGUGGGUCCUGAAACAGGCAGUGCAGAGUGCCUUGGACAACUUCGAGACCACGGCACCAGACGAUGAGGAGGUGAUCCGUCUCACGGAGGAUGAGCGACAACGCGUGGCAGCAUCAUACAGGAUGGCCAAGAGGAGCCGGCAGAGCAAGCGGAGCAAGACGCUUUGCAUCGCUUGGCCGCUCUCUGCACGUCUGAACCAGUGCUACAUGACAGAAGUUUGGAUGGCCACCGGACUCUCCAAAGCCAUGGUCCUUUUCGUGCUCAGCGACCCGCGGCUCCCCUUCGGUAGUGCUUUCGACAGCACAAACCCCUGGCUGAGAUCCGCCUACGCUGCCUUAGGCCCCGGCAACCGAGUGACGUGUCUUUACAUCGGCGCCGGAUCAAGCAUGCGGUCACAGGCCCUCUUGGCUGCGGAAGAGGAGGCAUUGCCAACGGUGCUUUGCAAUGCGGCCACCGCCAUCGAGGUUUGGCUAAGUGAAGCAGACCUUGGUUUGGUCAUGCGCUUCGUGAACCGGCCCGAGGUCUACGAGAUGCCACCCGGAUGGCCCUAUACGCAUCAGGUGUUAAAGGAUGGCCCGAAGAAGGCCUUGGAGCCGGCAGAUGAGGCCGCGGAGGUGGAACACACAAAUGGUGCCAGCAGCGACGAAGGUGCGGCACUUGUGCCACAGUCCUUGAUUGGUGCCAGCCCGGGCGAGUAUGUCUUGUUUGACCUGAACAGGGACAAUGUCGCCGACAUUCCAGAUGUCACGGUGGAGCUUUUGUCGCCUGCGUCCGCCUUG